UUGCAUUAGGGGGCCGAGACCCCCCACAGACCAUCACACUGGAUGCUUAUAGAGAGCUUGAUGGACUUUUAAGUUUGUCUCUGAUACUAAUAUAUUUCAUUUUCAAGAAAGCGUGCAUUUGUUAGCCUUGUUGUACCACUAUUGUCUGUUUUUGUGAUUAAAAGUGGUCACUAGAUGAGUUCUUGGCCCUGUUUGUAGCCCACAUUAGGGAGGAUCUCAUCAGCUGUGCUGCAGACUCUGGAGUACCAUGCAGCCCCGCUGUGCACUCAGUGUGUGCCAUGUGCUUAUGUUGGUGCUGUGUUUGUCUACGGCUGAGGACUUCGACUGGACAAAGAACAACUACGGCUCCUUCUAUUAUGGCACUUUUCCAACUGGAUUUUCAUGGGGCGCCGGAGGUUCGGCCUAUCAAACAGAAGGAGCCUGGGACAAAGAUGGAAAAGGACUGAGCAUCUGGGAUGUGUUCAGUCAUAAAAAGGGCAAAAUCCAGCUAAAUGACACGGGGGAUUCCUCCUGUGAGAGCUACUACAAAAUAAAGGAUGAUGUUUCUUUGAUGAAGGAGCUCAGACUAAACCACUAUCGUUUCUCCAUCUCCUGGCCCAGAAUCAUUCCCACUGGUGUAAAAUCUGACCAUGUUAAUGAAAAAGGAAUACAGUACUAUGACGAACUCAUUGACCAUCUUCUGGAGAACAACAUCACUCCCAUUGUCACGCUGUAUCACUGGGAUCUGCCUCAGGUUUUACAAGAGAAAUACAGCGGAUGGCAAAACAUAAGUAUGAUCAAUCACUUCAAUGACUACGCCAACCUUUGCUUUGAGAAAUUUGGUGACAGGGUGAAGCACUGGAUUACUUUCAACAAUCCAUGGUCUGUGGCUGUUGAAGGCUAUGAAACAGGUGAGCACGCUCCUGGGCUGAAGCUGAGAGGAUCUGGGGCUUACAGAGCUGCACAUCACAUCAUAAAGGCACAUGCCAAAGUUUGGCACACUUAUGAUACACAAUGGAGGGCGAAACAAAAAGGCCUGGUUGGCGUCUCGCUGGCGGGGGACUGGGGUGAGCCGGUGGACAUCAGCAAUCAAAAAGACAUUGAAGCGGCAGAGAGAUAUGUACAGUUCUACCUGGGUUGGUUCGCCACGCCUAUGUUUCAUGGAGACUACCCUCAAGUAAUGAAAGAUUUUGUUGGAAGGAAAAGUGCACAGCAAGGGCUGGGGACGUCUCGACUGCCUUCGUUUUCCCCACAAGAGAAGAGCUACAUAAAGGGGACGUGUGACUUCCUUGGCAUUGGUCAUUUCACCACGCGCUACAUCACCAACAGGAACGACCCUCCAGGUCGUAGCAGCAGCAGCUACUUCACAGACCGUGACCUGGCUGAGCUGGUUGACCCACGAUGGCCUGAUCCUGGGUCAGAAUGGCUCUACUCUGUGCCAUGGGGAUUCAGACGUCUGCUGAAUUUUGUAAAGACUCAGUAUGGAAACCCGAUGAUUUAUGUGACAGAGAAUGGAGUCUCUGAGAAGAUGAUGUGCACAGAGCUGUGUGAUGAGUGGAGGAUACAAUAUUAUAAGGAAUACAUCAAUGAGAUGCUAAAAGCCAUCAGAGAUGGAGUCAAUGUAAAGGGCUACACUGCAUGGUCCUUGCUGGACAAGUUUGAGUGGGACGAAGGUUUCUCUGAGAGAUUCGGCUUGUACUACGUGGACUUCAGGAACAAAAACAAGCCUCGUUAUCCAAAAGCUUCUGUGCAGUUUUACAAACGGAUCAUCAGCUCUAAUGGAUUUCCGAAUCAAAGAGAGGUUGAAAACUGGAGGAGAAAGGCUGUGGAGAUGUGUUCUUCCAGCAACCAGCUUUUAGCUGCAGAGGAACAGCGGAGUACUGCUGCCAAUAUUCUAAGACUUAUACAUGACCCGCUGACCAGCCACAUGGAGAUGGUGACUGAGAUUGUUGUCCCCACCGUAUGCACACUCUCCAUUUUGAUCAGUGCUGUCCUGCUCAUGUUCCUGCUGCGCAGAAGGAACUAGGAGGCGUCUGAAACCAUGAACACUCAUGCAGUUUUUCUCCAAAUAUUUUCUUGAAUAUUUUUGUGUGAAAAUGGGUAAAUUUAUACGCUGAAUUUGAAGUGUAUACAGGGUUGGCUUAAAAAAAAAAAAAAAAAACUGUGUUUGAUCAGAUAACAUAGAGCACAGUCAGUGAUUGUGAUGAGGUAAACAAACCUGUAGUAUAGUACUUUUAUUUCAUGUUGUAAUUUUCCAAAUGAAGAUUGCCUUUGUGCUUUUAUCAGGAUUAAACUUUGUUCAACAUA